AUGAGCGCCCAUGGUGCCAACAAAAAACAUGUGUGUUCCGUGUGCCAUUGUUCUUUCAGCCAGGCAGGAAACCUGGAACGUCAUAUAAACGCUCAUAUUGAGAGACCCUCUCUUUUUGAGAGGUUUUGUAUGAGCAAUAAUAUUAUGGCGCAGCAACAAGACCUGUCAAGCUCCGCGACUCCCGAGCCAACUCCCGAGCCAAGCUUGAAUUCACAGAAUUCAAGUGACUGUUCUUUCACCCAGGCAGGAAACCUGGAACGUCAUAUAAACGCUCAUAAUGGGAGACCCUCCAAUAAUAUUAUUAUGGCGCAGCAACAAGACCUGUCAAGCUCCGCGACUCCCGAGCCAAGCUUGAAUUCACAGAAUUCAAGUCCGAGUGACAGUUCAAGUCCUCUUCAGUUGUCGAAAGAUCCACUUAAAAGUGACAUUAACCCGUAUUUCAAGGUCACCUGUGACUUGUGCAAUAUUUCAUUUUCAAACCAAGGAUUUCUCACGUAUCACAUGAAAGACCAUGGUCGAAACAAAAAGUUCAUGUGUACCAUGUGCGACUGUUCGUACAGCCAAACACGCGACCUUAAUAAACAUUUACUUGAUCAUAAGGCAACGAUACCCUCCGACAAUAUUCCGGCUCAACAGCAAGACUUACCAAGCACCUCGGCUCAACCAAGCACCUCGGCUCAGCCAAGCACCUCGGCUCAGCCAAGCACCUCGGCUCAACCAAGCACCUCGGCUCAACCAAGCACCUCGGCUCAGCCAAGCACCUCGGCUCAACCAAGCACCUCGGCUCAACCAAGCACCUCGGCUCAGCCAAGCACCUCGGCUCAGCCAAGCAUCCCUUCACUAUCACACCCUAAAGUUGACUUUAGGGGAAAGAAGACAAAAAAUCAAUUAACCUGUGCCAUGUGUGGUAUUACUUAUAAAAACAAAGAAAACCUUAUAAACCACAUGAUAACCCACGGGGCUUAUGACAAAUAUAUGUGUUCCAUGUGCGAUUGUGCUUUCGGCAUAAAAAGCAGCUUGAUCAAGCACAAACUACUUGUUCAUGGGCCAUCGAUGCCCUCCAAUAAUAUUACAGCAACAAGAGGAGGCACAGUACUUGCACAGCAACAAAACUUGCCAAGCAACUCUACUCUUCAAGCAAGACGCUCUACUCCUCAGCGUCAUAUAAACGCUCAUAAUGAGAGACCCUCCAAUAAUAUUAUGGCGCAGGAACAAGACUUGUCAAGCUCCGCGACUCCCGAGACUCCCGAGCCAAGCUUGAAUUCACAGAAUUCAAGUCCGAGUGACAGUUCAAGUCCUCUUCAGUUGUCGAAAGAUCCACUUAAAAGUGACAUUAAUCCGUAUUUCAAGGUCACCUGUGACUUGUGCAAUAUUUCAUUUUCAAACCAAGGAUUUCUCACGUAUCACAUGAAAGACCAUGGUCGAAACAAAAAGUUCAUGUGUACCAUGUGCGAUUGUUCGUACAGCCAAACACGCGACCUUAAUAAACAUUUACUUGAUCAUAAGGCAACGAUACCCUCCGACAAUAUGCCGGCUCAACAGCAAGACUUACCAAGCACCUCGGCUGAGCCAAGCACCUCGGCUCAGCCAAGCACCUCGGCUCAGCCAAGCACCUCGGCUCAGCCAAGCACCUCGGCUCAGCCAAGCACCUCGGCUCAGCCAAGCACCUCGGCUCAACCAAGCACCUCGGCUCAACCAAGCACCUCGGCUCACCCAAGCACCUCGGCUCAGCCAAGCACCUCGGCUCAGCCAAGCACCUCGGCUCAGCCAAGCACCUCGGCUCAGCCAAGCCCCUCGGCUCAACCAAGCACCUCGGCUCAACCAAGCACCUCGGCUCAGCCAAGCACCUCGGCUCAGCCAAGCACCUCGGCUCAGCCAAGCACCUCGGCUCAGCCAAGCACCUCGGCUCAGCCAAGCACCUCGGCUCAGCCAAGCAUCCCUUCACUAUCACACCCUAAAGUUGACUUUAGGGGAAAAAAUCAAUUAACCUGUGCCAUGUGUGGUAUUACUUAUAAAAACAAAGGAAACCUUACAAACCACAUGAAAACCCACGGGGCUUAUGACAAAUAUAUGUGUUCCAUGUGCGAUUGUGCUUUCGGCAUAAAAAGCAGCUUGAUCAAGCACAAACUACUUGUUCAUGGGCCAUCGAUGCCCUCCAAUAAUAUUACAGCAACAAGAGAAGGCACAGUACUGGCACAGCAACAGAACUUGCCAAGCAUCUCUACUCCUCAGCCCAGCCUUUCGGUACCAACAGCCUCUUCACUUGCUCCUCAGAUGUCGAAAAAUAAGCGUCAAGGUCACUUUAAGCCAUCUUUGAAAGUUACCUGUACCUUGUGUGGCAUUGCGUACCAAAGCCACAUACAUCUUAAGACGCACUUGACAGCCCAUGGUGCUAACCGAAAACAUAAGUGUUCCAUGUGCAAUUGUUCUUACACGCAGAGAGGCGAUCUUGCCAAUCAUAUACGUGCUCAUAACCCCUCCAAUAAUAUUGUGUCAUGUGCCUUGUGUGGAAUUGCAUAUUCAAACAAAGGGUAUCUUACAAGACACAUGACAGCCCAUGGUGGUAACCAUACUUACAAGUGUUCCAUGUGCACUUGUUCUUACGACCAGAGACGCAACCUUGAGAAACAUAUACUCGCCCAUAAGUCAUCGCUGCUCUCCAAUAAUGUUAAUCAAGCAGAGCAGCACGCGGAGGAUUUACCAAGCUCCUCCCUUCCUAACCCAAGCCUCCCGGCCACGUAA